AUGGUCACGAAAUGCGUCGAGCUGGUUGAGUGCCACCAUCUGGCCCGGUUGCGAGAUACCGAGAUUCAGCGAAAAGAUAUCGAGGGUCAUUUCCGUCUGCGCCUUGCUACUCGAACCCUCAAAGCCAACAUGAACCUGCCUCGCUCGGAUGGCCAGACCGUGACGCUCACCUUCUCCUUGGACAUCCCGGAAAAGGCUGCCAGCACUGAACUCCUUCGGCAUGCUGGUGCCAAGAACUGGAUUGAUCGGUUGGGUCCUGACCAGGCCCGCCUGCUCAUGGCGCACAACCCAAACUCGAUCAUGCGGGAGACCUACUACAAUACGAGCUCGGCAUGUCCCGACGGCAUGCAGUACGAUCACUUGCAGAAGCAGCCCGGAAUCGCGCGGCCCUACAAGAUGUCCGCGUGA